ACUGAAACACAGCACAGACAACGAACAGAUCUUCAUGAAAAUGAGAGAAACCUUCCAGCACAGGCAAAAGUUGAUCCAUGAUCCUGAGCAAUGCAGUACAGUGCUUACUGUGUUCCCAAGGUUUCUUGACACAAAAGGCCUGGUGGCGCAAGACUUUGAUCUGUUGUUUGGAGCUGAGACUUCAUCAAAACUCCUUGAGAAAUGGGAUUUCCUGAAGGCCAAAGUAAUAGAGCAAGCCAAGGACAUCAGCAAGACACCCCUGCUUGACCAUCUCAUCCAGUCUGCAGAGGAGAACACUGAUGAGGAUGACGAGGUCCCAGGUUGGGAUAGUGACAUGGCCUCACUGCUACUGCUGGUCUACCUACUGCCACCACCUCCAAGUGGAAAGAAGGGAGCUGUAAAGAUCAGUACCCGGGAAGCUGUGGACCAUGUAGUCAAAUUUCAUAAGUUGUCUGUUUGUCUUGCCAACGUAUUGGAGUUUGCAGGGACAUGUGCUAAGUCAUGUCGCAGCCUUCAGGAGCACUCUGGUCCAAACCAGCGGAGGCAGCCCUACAUCCUGGCAGUUGGGACGACAAGAAAGCACAUCCACGAGUUCUACAUUGCAUUGGAUGGUGAUCUCCUUCCCUGCAAGGGCAAGUCUUCCCUGUCAGCCUUUGAUGAACUUUUCAAAGCACAUUAUGUUUUCGGCAUCUCCUAUGACCAGGCCUUAAAUGGCAUGUACACAUUUGUGCAGACCACCAUCUACAACAUUGAUGUAGGUCAUUCUCACGAAACUCCCAGAGUCAAGGACCUAAGAGCUAAGCUCCUCAACUAAAGAGUUAUGAUGUUCAGAUGCUUUGUUUGCAAGUCUAGUUUUGUUACCGUUCAAAUGUUGAUCCGUCAUCUCAAAGUUUUCCAUGCCUUUUAUCCUGGUAAGAAGUUUCAGUUGAUGUGUGACCAGACUGGAUGCCACCAGAGAUUUUGGACUUUUUCAGGGUUUAGAAAACAUCUCCAUAACAAACAUAGCGCUAAAAGUCUAGAUCAAUUUGAGAACGAACCCGUCAUAGUUGAGAACGAACCCGUCAUAGUUGACGUAUCUGAUGAACCCGUAGUUAAUUUAAUUCCAGAGCAACCAGAGAAUUCUCAAAGCUGUAAUGAGACCAGGCGACAUACCCAAGAAAUGUGUGCAUCCCUUAUUGCAAAUCUCCAAGGCUGUGGUGUGGCUACUAAUGUCAUAACGACUGUUGUUGAAAAUAUGGAGGAACUUGUAGAGGAAUUGCAUUCAAACGUUAAAGAUGAUGUUGUAAAAUUACUCUCUAACGAUGAGGAGAUCAGAACAAAGUUUGACGAUUAUUUUGACAACCUUGAAAAUCCAUUUAGCAAACUGAACACUGAGGCAAAAAGGAAAAAACAUUUCAGUGAGAAAUGGGGUAUUGUAGAACCUGUUGAGGUAGCCCUAGGAGUGAGGUAUGACACUAGAAGGAAUCGAACUACUGGCACAUAUGAUCAAGUUCCCAUAACAGACAAAUUUGUUUAUAUUCCUCUAUUGCAAACUUUGAAGUUCAUAUUCACCAACCAAGAGAUCUGUGAUCAUUUUGUGCAGCCUUGUGAGAAAACUGGGUUUUACAAAGACUUCUGUGAUGGUAACUAUUUUAGAGAUCACCCCCUCUUCUCUGAAAAACCAAACUCUCUCCAAAUACAGAUAUUCUACGAUGAUUUUGAAAUGGCAAAUCCACUCGGAUCCAAGCAUGGUAUCCAUAAGGUUGGAAGUAUAUACUUUGUUUUACGAAACCUAUCUCCAAAGAUAAACUCCGCUCUUAUGAAUAUUCAUCUUUUAGCCCUUUUUCAUACUGAUGAUGUGAAGAAGUAUGGAUUUGAUUUAAUCUUACAGCCCCUCGUACGUGAUCUGAAAGUCCUUGAGUGUACAGGAAUUGAAGUUCCUUUCUCUGAUGAACCAGUUUACGGAACAAUUGCACAAGUAACUGGAGACAAUUUGGGAUUGCACACAUUACUCGGGUAUGUUGAAUCAUUCAGUGCAAACAAUUUUUGUCGUUUUUGUCUAGUAGACAAACAGACCUCACAAACGGUUUUCAGGGAUGAUGAUCCAAGAAUAACAUUGCGUAAUAAAGAACUGCAUGAUCAGCAUUGCAAUGACCUCAUGGUAGAUCCUACACUGCCAUCCACAUUUGGAGUUAAGCGACAAUGUUUAUUCAAUGAUCUACAGUACUUUCAUGUUUCUGAAAAUUAUGCUGUAGACAUUAUGCAUGACAUAUUGGAAGGAGUGGGGCAAUUUGAGCUGAAGUUGCUGUUUGCUUACCUCUCAGACAACAAAAUCAUAUCCAAGACAGAUGUUUGUAACCGAAUAUACUCAUACAAUUAUGGCUUUGUUGAACGAAAAAAUCGUCCAACCAGAAUAAACUUGGAGCAGACUGGAAAUGGAAUUGGUCUCAAUGCCAUUCAAACUUUUUGCUUAAUCCGGAAUAUGCCCUUGAUCUUUGGAGAUGUUUUACGAGAAGGAAAUGCCCACUAUAGACUCUUGUUGCUUCUGUUGCAAAUUAUGAACAUUAUAUUUUCUCCAGUUGUUACUGAUGGAAUGACAGUAUGUCUUAAGCAUCUCAUUGUUGACCAUCACCAACUUUUCAAAGAGCUUUACCCACAUCGUAGAAUGAUCCCUAAACAUCACUUCAUGAUUCAUUACCCCAGAGUCAUUCGAAAAAUAGGUCCAAUUCUACAUGUUUGGUCAAUGAGAUUUGAAGCCAAACAUAGGUUUUUCAAGAACACAAUCAAAAAUUUCAAAAAUGUAACAAAGUCAUUGGCCCAAAAACAUCAGAUGGCUAUAGCAUACCAUUGGGAAUCAAUGCCAUUUAAAAGUAUUGACUGUGGGCCAGUAAAAACUGUUCAGCUCAUUGACUUGCCACAUGGUGAGAUGAUUGCAGAAGAACUGCAGGUUGACUUAGACUGUCAAGUUGAUCUGACUUCUUGGAUCACUUGUUUUGGAACUGAGUAUCGUCCAGGCCUUUUAGUUUGCACGGACAAAGAGGACGAUUUGCCUGUAUUUAGUCAGAUAAAAGACAUCAUUGCAUUUAAUCGAGAAUAUUUUCUUGUAACAGAGGACUUUCAGACACUUUGUUUUGCAGAGCAUUUUCAUUCCUUUCAUGUGACACAGGGAAAUGAUCAGAAUGUUUCCAUGCUUAAAGUUGAUAAAUUGCACUUCUUUAAGCCGUUUGAUCUGCAAACUACUUAUGGUUUUGAUAGAGAUUAUCAAUAUGUGGUUCCUGUACAUGUGUUUGUAUAAGUUUGUGGUUUUUGAACAUCCAUGAACUGUUAAAUAAAACAGACAUAAAAAGCA